ACCGCUUCUCUGCGGACGCAAUUCCCCACAACCAACAGGUGUCUCGAAAUAUGAAGUGAACCAUCCCGUCAAGUUUCACCCAUCAUCCCACAAUGCAGUAUUGUGUCGUUUGAACGAGAUGCGAGUCAGGCUCGCCUCAGAGACACUUUCUUGCGUUAUCUCCGCCACCAUCAGUACCUUUCCACCAGGCAGGCAGCUCCACAAUCCCCGGAGACCCUGUGGCCACUGGUCUGGUUUGUCCGCACGUCAGAGACGGUCACCUAUAAUUAGCAACCGAUUCCCAACGUGCAGCCAAUCUCGUAGGUCGGAGAACGAGUUCGCUGUGUGUGGUGGAGUGGAGGGGCACUGCCACUGACAACUGGACACGCCACAUUCCCUGGUGACUUCUCGGUGGCUCAGCAGUCGCUGUGGCUGGAAGACUUUCGCUUGUUCAUACUCCCAACUCGCUGUUUAUACUGAGUGCUAUACAACA